CUGCGCUGUUCGCUAUGGUUUUUAUAAUUCUUAAAAUUACUAAUUGUUAUUCUCUUUUGCAGUGUUACUUAGAUAAUUACAUUUUCUAUUAAAACUAUGUACUUAAUGGUCUAGGUAAACCUAAUUUUGUCACGGCUCUUGAAAAAUGUUUCGCUACACAUUGUCUGUGAUCCGACGUUUACGUCCGAUUUUAGUUCCUUACGUUAACGGGACUACGGUUAUUUGCAAUGAAACUAGAAGUCUUUCAACUAUAAUUAAUAGGCAGCAUACUUUAAACAAAAUAGGAUCAUCAAGACCAGCAUUAAUACAAAACAAACAAAUCCUUGAUAUAUGUAACAGAAUAACACCUAUAUCUGUUAGAACAGUCACCAAGUUUAGUUUAAAGAGGGGUAAACGUAAGACUGUUAAAGCUGCAGUACGAAGAUUUUUCAGACUUGAUUGGGGUGGUUGGAUCAGGACAAAAGUUGGUAGAAAUAAAAAGAUCUGGAAGAAAUCGCAACCUCAAAGAAGGCGUUUAAGGCAGCAUGUAUUUUGUAAUGCAACUCAAUCUACAUUGCUAGAUAAAAUGGUAACAAAGUUCUGGAAGAAACCUAAAUAUUAUGUAGAUGAUCCAUAUGCUCCAUAUCACACUCGGGAAGAAUAUCAUAUAACAAGGAAAAAACCCACUAAUCACUAAGCUUAUUUAUAUUUGGUAGAUUGAUCUAAUUAUUUUGAUUCGUUUAUAAUAUAGCUGUAGUAUAUAUAACUGUAGAAGUAUAUUUCAAUAAAUAAUAAUAUUUAAC